AUGGCUGCUACUAAGAUCAAACUCAUCACCAACCCACGCUAUCAGCGGUCGGGAAUCAAGUCGUAUGUGUACCUCAUGCGAAAGUAUGGCUUCCAGCCAACACAGGAAGGACCCUAUGUCUUCGGCACAGUGAUGCAACAAGCUGGCCGCCAGUACACUGACAAGCCGGUCGGAGGUCGUAUUCACCGUCAUCAGGUCCUGCAGAAAAAAACCGCCGACCCUGGCCAAGUUGGAGAGGUCGGCGCAGAUGAUGUGCAAAAUGAUUCUCUUUACCUUGCGCAGAUCGGUAUUGGUACGCCAGCGCAGAAUUUGACUCUUGACUUUGACACUGGUUCAGCUGAUCUAUGGGUCUGGUCUACCAAAUUGUCUUCGAAUAUCUUGUCAUCAAAUACCAAUCACCAGAUCUUUGACCCCAGCAAGUCCUCAACCUUCCAGAACAAGGAUGGCUCGACAUGGAAGAUCUCGUACGGAGAUGGCUCCUCUGCCUCUGGUACAGUAGGCAAUGACGAUGUUAACAUCGGUGGCUUGAUAAUCAAGGGUCAAGCUAUCGAGCUGGCAGACAAUCUCUCUGCCCAGUUUGCCAGUGGAUCGGGUGACGGUCUCCUUGGUCUCGCAUUUGGAAACAUCAACACCGUUCAGCCUACCCCAGUGAAAACGCCUGUUGAGAAUAUGAUCUCUCAGGCUGAUAUUCCCAAAACCGCUGAGCUCUUUACUGCCAAGCUGGGAUCUUGGCGUGAUGCGAACGAGCCUGACAAGGGCGAGUCCUUCUAUACUUUCGGGUUUAUUGAUCAGGAGACGGUCACCGCGUCAGGUGAGGAAGUUCAUUACACGCCCGUGGACAACAGCCAAGGCUUCUGGAUGUUUGAUUCAACUUCCGCUACGGUCAACGGCCAGUCCAUCAGUCGUCCAGGCAACAAAGCCAUUGCCGACACAGGCACUACUCUCGCCCUUGUGGAUGACAGCACCUGCAAGGCAAUCUACGGUGCCAUUGAAGGAGCUUACUAUGACAAUAACAGUCAAGGAUACAUCUAUCCCACCAACACCGCUUUGGACAAGCUUCCCGUUGUAUCAUUUGCUGUGGGCGACAAGCAGUAUGUUGUUCAGAAGGAAGAUCUUGGUUUCGCGGAAGCCAAAUCAGGCUAUGUCUAUGGCGGAAUUCAGAGUCGAGGCAACAUGAAUAUGGACAUCCUGGGUGACACAUUCUUGAAGGGAAUCUAUGCUAUAUUCGAUGUUGGGAACACACAAUUCGGUGCUGUGCAACGCAAGGAACUUCACCAGAAUCUCUCCGCGCCGCCUCAGUAA